AUGCAGUCGCCGCCCUCCCCUCGCCGCCGCGGCAGGGCGCUGCGCCUGCUCCUCCUCCUCGCCCUCGCCGCCGCCGCGCUCCUCGCCUUCCUCACCUCCACCCCGGCACAGCACUACGCCUCCUCCGUCUCCUCGUCCUCGCCCGCGCGCGCCCUACUCGUACCGCCGCCGCGCACCAGCAGCAGCAGCAGCAAUAGUAAGCGCCUCACCCUGCGCGCCGUCCGGGAAGCAACGUCGACGCCCGCCUACCACGGAGACCCACCGGACGCCGUCCUGCUCCCGGACUGGGAGGUCCUCGUCCUGCUCCGCCCCGGCGCCCCCGCCCCGGCCGGGGGCAACGCCACCUGCGCCUUCCCAGGCGGGGCGGCGUCCCCGGCUCGAUCGCUCGGGAGGAUGCCCGCGUCCGGCCGCCGAGCAUACACCUGCGACAUGCCCAGGCCGGAGCGCCGCCACAAGCCCUUCCGCGCGCCGAGGCUGAUCGCGACCUCGAUGACCUCCUCCGACGACCAAUCCUCCGAAUCCCAGUCGACGCCGCCUUUGAUGCUGCUGCGCUGGAGCGGCCGCCUCGUCUACGACGCCGUCGCGCUCCACGGCACCGGCGACGUGCUCGUCCUCGCCAAGGGAGUCAACCCGCGCCAGGCGUCGUCGCCUCGCUCCCGGCGUCCACCUCGGCGCAGCAGGUCUUUCCGCUGCCCGCCCCCGCCGACCACGACGACCGACGACCUCCGCGUCACGCUCGCCGUCGCGGACGGCGAGCCCAUCCCCUCCAUGGCGACCUACAGCCCUCCAUCCCCUACGCCGACGGACGAGAAGAACAAGAAGGUCGCGGUGUGCGCGUGCACCAUGGUCCGCGAUGUGGCCAAGUUCCUGCGCGAGUGGGUGGCGUACCACGCGGCCGUGGGCGUCGACCGCUUCUUCCUCUACGACAACGGAAGCCAGGACGACCUGGAGGGCCAGGUGCGCCAGCUCAACUCCGCCGGCUUCCACGUCUCCACGCACCUCUGGCCCUGGCCCAAGACGCAGGAGGCCGGCUUCUCCUACGCGGCCGCCGUGCACCGAGAUUCCUGCGAGUGGAUGGCGUUCGUCGACGUCGACGAGUUCAUCUUCUCCCCGAGCUGGGCUCCAUCAAGCAAGCCGACCAAAUCCAUGCUCCGCUCCAUCGUCGCCGCCGUCGAGCCGGAUGUCGGGCAGGUGACACUAGGUUGCAAGGAUUUCGGACCCUCGGGCCAGACCAAGCACCCCGAGGAGGGAGUCACCCAGGGCUACACUUGCCGGAGGCGAGCGGAGGAGCGGCACAAGUCGCUCGUCCGGCUCGACGCCGUGGACCCGUCACUGAUCAACUCCAUCCACCAUUUCGAGCUCCGGCCGGAGUUGAGGUGGGAGCGGUCUCGGCAAGCCCGAGUGAACCACUACAAGUACCAAGCUUGGGACGAGUUCAAGGUGAAGUUCCGCCGCCGCGUGUCGACCUACGUGGCGGACUGGACGGACCCGGUGAACCAUGGCUCCAAGGACAGGACGCCAGGCCUAGGGUUCGAGGCGGUCGAGCCGGCCGGGUGGGCGCACAAGUUCUGCGACGUGGAGGACAACUUGCUCCGGGACGUGACCCGGGGGUGGUUCGGUGUUGGAUUCAGCAGCAACAAGCUUCGGCCACUCGGACCGCCAACUCAUUACAGCAGCUCAUAG